UGGUGUCUGUGUCGGCUUUCCUGCACGUCACACUAAAAUAACUGUCACCUCCCACUGGAAACAAAUAAAUUGUCAUAAAUCGGUUAAUGUUGUUGGGCAACAGAGCAAAUUGACACCUCGACUAAACCAGCAACAGAUAAAUUCUCAUGAAUGGAGAUGGAACUGGGCAAUGCAGAUAAGGAAGAGCUGGAGAAAGUUGCUUUUUUUACUCCAGUAACACCUUACAAGAGCGAGUUACCAAGAGCAGAAUUUAGCUCUAUCAAUAUUGCUGGCUUCAACAAAUUUGUGUCAGCAAGUAGUUCAUGUAACAGCCAAAAAAAGGAUGAAGAGGUUUCUGCUGUGAUCGGAGGGAGGAGCAAAUUUCUAUGUCAAAAUUUGGAUUCUGAUUUUAAAUCUGUGUCAAUGGCUCCUUCAACUCCUAUGAAGAAGGGUAACCCAUUGGAGACACAAAGUGGUACCUUGGACUUGAAUGAGAGACCACUGAAGAAACCAAAAAGGAAAAAACACAAACCAAAAAUCUAUGAUGAAAGUAAGCCCAAAAAGACUCCAAAGCCUAAGAUAAAGACUUCAACUCCAAAAUCAGGUAAAUCUAAGGCAAGUGCCAGGACAAAGAAGAAACUAGAAAAGGACUGCGAUAAGGUUUCAGACGAUUUAUCAGGAUAUGCUUACAUGCAAACACCUAUUAGUAAGAUUCCAGAAACUAUUGCCGAAUCUGUAGUCCUACAGGUUUCAACUCCUCAGCCAGAAAUUUUGGAGCUUGCUAUCCCAGCAACAAGUUCACCAGAACUUGAGCACGACAUUCUUACGGAUCUUGGUCAUAGUUUGAAGUCAUGCAGACGAGCUCUAAAUUUUAACUUGGAAAAUGAGAAUGAUGUUAUUUCCGUGGGAGCAGAAGAAGUGGCUAGAUGUCAUGUAACACAUAGUAACAACAGCAAGUUCUUGACAAAUCCAUUAGACGGUGUUAAUGAGCUGCCAGUUGAUACAAAUAGCUCCAUUGAUUUGGAAGAUAAUUUAGAGGCUGAGUCAACUUCCCAAACCAAACAAGGAAAUGAUCCUAAUAUCUACCAGGAUGGCGAUAGAGCCUGUCAGUAUCAUUUUCUGAAAGUUUAUACAAGGAGGAACAAAUUUAAAACAGAUUUGAUGCCCUUGGCAGGAAAUGAAGCUGAUGUCUACCAGAACAAAACUAGUUGUCAGGAUCACUUUCUGAAAGUUUUUAAAAGGAGGACAAGAGGAAACAUUGGAUCCGCGUCUUUGGCAGGAAAUGAAGCUAUUUCCCAGAAUGACCAUAAAGAAGCCCAAGACAAAGAUAAAGGCUGGAAUGCAUUGAAUACUAAUACAAAGUAUAAAGUGACUUCCGGUGCAAGGAGGACGUGUAGAGGAAGAGGUAGAAAGAGAGUUGCAAAGAAGCAUGUUCCAAUUGCCAAGAGUUCUUUUACAAUUUCCAAGAGAGUUACCAGGAGAAAUUCUGAAAUUGCCCAUGGUGAUACAUGUUUUUCAACUAUGAACUCGAGGCAGACAGUAAAAUUAAAAUCACAUUUUGUCAGAAAGGUUCUACCUACCGAAAAUCAGAUUAAUGCUGCAAUGGCUGAUCCAGAGUCUUUUGAGUGUGUGUUUAGCUUGUCCCCUAUAGUGAAUUCUCGGAGAAAGAGAUCUAUCCAUCCUAAGAGGACCAAGUCUGCUUGCAGGGAAGAAGAUACAGAAUUAGAACCUUUAAGUCUUGCCUUGACUUUGUCUCCACUAGUCAUGUGCAAAAGAAAAAGAUCUAAGAAUUGCAAAAGAUCGACUGCUAUUUUAGACUCCAUCUGCCCUGAGUCAGAAAUAAGUGCAAUCAGUGGGAUUGAGUCUUUUACGGAUAAGCGGCCUCAAAUAAGUGCUUGCAAUGAAAUUCAGGAAUGUUGGCAACAUGAAAAUUGGUGGCAUCAAACAGAUAAAUCAUCUUGCAACGAUAUUCAAGAGUGCCCACAACAUGAAGAUCUGUGGCCUAGAUCAGAUAAAUCAGCUUGCAUUGAUGUUCAAAACUGGCAACAACAUGAAGAUCUGUGGCCUUGGAUAGAUAAAUCAGCUUGUAAUGAACUUCAAGAACGGUCACAACUUGAUGAUCUGUGGCCUAAAACAGAGUGUUCAAUUGACUCGAAAUCCUUGGAUAAACUUAUUCAGAGGUUUGAAAAAUUAAAAGUUUGUGAUAAGAGAGCCUGUAAAGGGAGAACAACAACCAAUCAGAAAAGAACCAGUAACAAUACUGGCCAGCUUGUCUUGCGGAAUCCUUUUGGUCCAAUAAUUGCUCACAAGGGAAAGGACAAACCCAGAAAAAAACUGCCCAAGGUUGACAUUGAUAUGGAGUCAAUGCGAGUGUUUAAUCUACUCAUAGAAAACGGAGGUGAAAUUGAUGAAGACCUGGAUAAAGAGAAGGAGAUGUGGUGGGAGGAGCAAAGAAAAAUAUUUGAAGGAAGGGCGGCCUCAUUCAUUGCCCGCAUGCGUCUUGUCUUAGGUGAUAGGCGUUUUUCCCCAUGGAAAGGGUCAGUGGUAGACUCUGUGAUUGGUGUUUACCUAACACAAAAUGUAUCAGAUAACCUUUCAAGCAACGCUUUCAUGCUUCUUGCAUCAGCAUUCCCACUUCAAAAUAAGCAAGAAGUGACUACACAACAAGGACAAGCUGUAGCGAUUACAGAGGGAAUGCCAAAUUCAUUUGAUAGAGAAGUGUCUGCUGAUGAGAAAGAUCUUGGAUUCUCUGGUUCUUGUUUUAGUUCAAUGUCCAAAUGUAUAUCAAGCACAGAUGAAACAUCUUCUUUAGAUGAUAGAAAUACGCCGGAAUGUUUGACUACACCUUAUAGCCACUUAUCUCACACGGGGGACUGCAUGAAUGAGAGGUUGCAUGGAACUCGAAAGGAAGAAAAUCUUGGAGAUGAGAGUACAAGUGGUAGUCAGGCUUCAGUCACCUCUUACAGCCCAGAAGUGAUAACCUUUGCUAAGAGUGGCGGCGAUUUAGGAAAUGAAGCAGUCAAUUUGCCCGAGACAAUAUCGACAGAGAAAAAUGAAUUACCAGAAAGAGAAAUUGAUUGGGAUGAAUUGAGGAAAACCUAUUCUACUGGAAGAUCUAGCGGUCUUACUGAAAGUAAUAGAGAUUCUGUUAAUUGGGAAGCCGUUAGACAUGCAGAUGUUGAAAAGAUUGUUGAGCCGAUAAAAUGUCGAGGACAGGGUAAUGUUCUUGCUGCAAAGAUUAAGAAUUGUCUUAAUCGAUUGGUUGAAGAUCAUGGAAGCAUUGAUCUUGAGUGGUUAAGAGAUGUUCCAACAGACAAAGUGAAAGAAUACCUGUUGAGUAUCGUUGGGCUUGGGCCGAAGAGCGUGGAUUGCAUUCGACUUUUGACACUUCGGCAUCAUUCCUUUCCUGUUGACAUAAAUGUUGCUCGGAUAGCAGUACGUCUAGGAUGGGUCCCUUUGCAACCAUUACCUGAUGAGAUCCAGAUGCAUCUUUUGGAGAAAUACCCGCUGGAGAGUGACAUACAAAAGUACCUUUGGCCACGUCUAUGCAAACUUGAUCUGCUAACACUAUAUGAAUUGCAUUAUCACAUGAUCACAUUUGGAAAGGUUUUCUGUACAAAGAGAAAUCCAAACUGUGAUGCCUGCCCAUUGAGAGCCGAAUGCAGGCACUUUGCUAGUGCAUUUGCCAGUUCUAGGCUUCGCCUCCCAGGACCACAGCCGAAAGGAGUGGUCGCCUCUAAGCAGCCUGUUCGAGUUGAUGAUGUCCCAAACAUGUGUGUGCCGUUACCAAAUUUGUUCCCUUCUAGCGAAAGCUUCUUGGAGUCCAGCUUCCAGACUCAAGAUUCUGAGCCUAUCAUAGAAAUGCCAGAAUCUCCAGAGGACAGACCUCUAGAAAUAAUAAUGCCAGAAUCUCCAGAGCACAGACCUCUAGAAUCACUGGAACGAGACAUUGAAGACUUUCCUUCUAAGGUGGAGCAUGAGCAGGAGAUACCUACCAUCCAACUCAACACUAAAGAGUUCAGAGAAAAUGUGUUGAACCUUAUCAACAAGUACAAAACUAAAGAGCUUCAAGAAAAUUUGUUGAAUGUUGUUGAUGAGAUCAGUAAAUUGCAUAGAGAUGAAGAAGUGUCCAGAGCCUUGGUUCUCUUGAAUCCAGAAUCUGCUUCACAUCCUGCUCGUAAACUGAAAAGUAAUAGUCGACUAAGGACUGAGCACUUAGUGUAUGAGCUUCCAGAUGAUCAUCCUCUUUUGAGUGGGUUUGAGAAACGGCAGCCUGAUGAUCCCUGCCCUUACCUUCUUUCCAUCAGCCUAACAGAGCAAGUUAUGGAAAAGCAGAAAAAAGUUGAAAACUUUUCCAGCUCCAAGGAAUUAGUACUUUAUGAUGCAGAGAUAUGCUCGGGCAGUGCAAGUAACUCCCAAAAUAAUCAAAUAGUUCAUGGAUCUAUUUUGAUACCAUGUCGAACGGCAAACAGGGGAAGUUUUCCUCUAAAUGGAACAUACUUUCAAGUUAAUGAGGUGUUUGCUGAUCAUGAGUCGAGCAAAUACCCAAUCCCUGUUGCGAGAGAGUCAAUAUGGAAUUUGAGACGAAGAGUUUUAUAUUGUGGAACUUCAGUUCAUGCCAUUUUUAGAGGUUUGACAACAGAGGAAAUUCAGUAUUGCUUUUGGAGAGGAUUUAUGUGUGUAAGAGGAUAUGACAGAAAGCAGAGGGCACCCAGACCCCUCCCUGAUCGAUUCCAUUUAGGAUAUAAAAGUAAAAUAUAGUGAAUUAUGAUGAUCAGCAUUUAGAGAUGGCAAAAUUGCUUGAGAGGUGGUAAAAGCGUAUACACAUUCAUCAUCACUCAUUUAACAUUAUUCUUCUUGUGAAAAUCCUGAUCGCCAUCAAUGGGAAAGUCAUAACAGUGGCUCAUAUAGUUUCUAUAAUUUUUUCAUUCUUUCACUAUUUAGAUUACGUGACAGUGUUUGCUUGUUGUAGUUGUUCCAUAUCUGUUCUCGUUUCGGAUGCACUCUGAUGGUGUAUGAAUUCAAAAAUAAAUUAUCAAGAAAAAAGCUGGUGUUGUCCUUUGUUUUGUAGGAGUCGAGAAUACUGCUUCUGGACCAUACAAGUUACAUGGUUCUUUUUUCUAGUUUGUAUGGUACUUGCUCUUUCCCUCUUUCUA